AUGACAGUAACAUAUGGUGAACAUGUUCAAUUUCGUUGUCAAUUUUCACAAAAUUUCUCUGCAAAAGAUAAUAUAAUUCAAUGGAAAAAAUUACGUUUCAAUGAUGAUGAUUUAGUUAUAUCAAUAAAUGGCAAAGUUCCUAAAACAUUCGAAAAAUUUUAUCAAACUGAUUUAACAAAUGAAUCUAGUUCAUUAGAUUUAUUUCAAGUUAAUCGACAAGAUUCAACAACAUAUACAUGUCAAACAUUUGAAACUCAAACAAUUCUCUGUCAAUAUAAUCUUGUCGUACUUAUCAAACCCGAAGCUCCAUCAUUAAUAAUUAAUGAAGAAAAUAUUCAAGAAUAUCAAAUUAUUACAUUGACAUGUUCUUCAUUAAAUGGAAAUCCUUCACCUCAAUACAUCUGGUAUCGUAAUGAUACACUUAUCAAUUCACUGAAUCAACAAGUAUCUAUGACAGAUAAUAGUUCAAUUUAUACAUUCAAUGUAAGUCGUUUUGACAAUCAAAUAAAAUAUGAAUGUCAUAUAUCAAAUCAAGCACUUUCAAAACCACUUCGGGUUGAAAAAUAUUUACAUGUUAAAUAUCGUCCAUAUAUAAAAAUUCUUGCUGAACCAUCUCUAUCAUCAUCAUCGAUUGAUGAAAAAAUAAUUGGUAUUGAAUAUACUGAACAAAAAUUCACAUGUCAGAUAGAUGCUAAUCCAGCUGCAACGUCAGUUUAUUGGACAAUCAAUAGUACAAACAUAAUUAGCCGUGAAAUCAAUAUUUAUUUACCACGAUUAACAUCAGAACAAACUGGAUUAUAUACAUGUGUAGUUGAAAAUUCUAUUGGUAAAAUAAAUCAAUCGAUUUAUCUUGAUGUUCAAUAUGCACCUCGUGUUCGUGCUAUAGAAUCUCGUAUAAUUGUUAAUCGUUCCGAUUCAGCUAUACUUCGUUGUUCUGUUGAAUCAAAUCCAUUACCAUAUCAAAUCAUAUGGUUUAAAAAUGGUUAUGAAAUCUUUCGACAAAAUCAAUUAUCUGAUUUACGUAUUGAUCAUGUUGAAAGAAAUGAUUCAGGUUUAUAUACAUGUAUGAUCUAUAAUCGUUUACAAAAUAAUCUUAUACAAAAUGGUUCAAGUACAAUUGAACUUAUUGUACAAAGUCGACCGAUAGUUGAAACAACCUAUUCAAAAAUAGCUGCAGAAGUUGGACAAAUCAUAACAUUAACAUGUCGUGUAUCCGGACAACCUAAGCCACGAAUAUUUUGGAAACGAAAUGAACAAAAUAUUGAUUGUGAUGAAAUCAUUGAUGAAAAAUGUUAUUUAAAAUUAAUUAAAAUUACAAAUAAAGACUUCGGUUCAUAUAGAUGUAUAGCGGAAAAUCUAUUAGGAAAAGAAGAAUGGACAUAUACAAUUGUCUCAAGAGGUAAACCAGAAACUCCGCAUGAUAUACGCGUAUCUGAUGUAACAUCAUCUUCAUUUAAAAUUCAAUUUUCUCCUUCAUUUGAUGGUGGUGGUGGACCACAACGUUUUUUAAUUGAAGUUACUGUUCAUGAUAAAAAUACAACAUUCAAUUCAACGAUUAUUAAUGAACAAUUACCAUUUAAUACAUAUGAAUAUACAGUCAAAGAUUUAAAUGAAACAAGUUUAUAUAUGUUUCGUAUUAAAUCAAUGAAUAUUUAUGGUGAAAGUCCAUGGAGUAAUGAUAUACCUGUACAAACAAUUGAAUCAAUUAUAACAUCAGAUGAUUUACCACAACUACAUGUAAUAUCAUAUAAUUCAAAAGAAAAUUAUUUACAUUUUGAUUAUUUACCUGGUGAUGAUCAUUUACGAAAGAUAAAUAAUGAACAAUUAUGUUUAAAUAUUCGUCAAUCAUCAGAUGGAAAUAUUUAUCAAACAAUUAAUCAAUGUUUAGCAAUACAUAAUAAUCGUGUUAAAUGGUUUCUCGAGAAAGAUUUUCCUUAUUUAAAAUUUUCAAUUUGUUCAAUAAAAAAACAAAAUAUAUGUGGACAAGAAAUUGACAUGAAAGAAGAAUCAAAUAAUCGAAGUACAACAGCAAUGAUUAUUGGUAUUGCAGUAACAACAUGUUUUCUGAUUCUGAUUAUAUCAAUUAUUAUUGUUAUAUUAUGUUGUCGUUGGAGAAAAAAACGUUUAACAUCAAAUGUAAAUAGAACAAAUAAAUUUGGUAUUAAUGGUCUUGAAAGAGGUGUUAAACCAAUUAUUUCUGAACCUCGUCUUCAAAAUCCCUAUUCAUUAUAUAGUAAUACAAAUUCUCAUACAUCGCCAUAUGAUUUUUCAGCAAAUGAAUAUCAACAACGGAAAAUUGCUAGUUCAUUUUCUCAUCCAUGCGAUAUUAUUGAUCGAGAUCAACCAAAAGAUGAACUAUCUGUUCAUGAUACAUGUUCUACGUAUGGUACUGCAACUCGUACAGCAACUAUUCGUACAUCACCUCAUUGGUUAAUAAAUAAUGGAGGAAAUGGUUCUCGAUCAGGCUCUAAUCCAUCAUCGGAAUUUAGUUGUUUAACACAAAAUACAAAUAUUUUAUUUACUAAUAAUGAAAUAAAUUUAAAUCAUACACCACCUCCAACAUCACAUUAUGGUUUUCCAUCAAUUGUAUCCUCAUCUUCGAAACAACAUCCAUUAAUGAAUGGAAAUUCAACAAUACGAUCAUCAUCAUUUGAUCAACAACAAUCGUCCAGUGGUAAUUCAACACCAAAUCGUAUGAAAAAACUUUUCUAUGAAGUUGUUGUUUAA